ACUUUGACCCCCAGAAAAGUGUUCAUAUAAAUUGUAGUUUAACACGCCAUGCAUUAGUCACUGAAGAAUUAUUGCCACCCAAGGUCGCGUCGGUGGUAGACAGCGGAUUACACUUUCAACUUUAUUACCGCGCUAACGUUGAUUGGGUGAAGAGCUAAAAAUGGUGCAAAUUGAGAUCAAUGAGGGGAUAUUGGAGGGUGAACUAGUGGAUAACCCAUAUGGUGGACAAUUCUAUAGUUUCAAGGGGAUACCGUACGCGGAGCCACCUGUUGGAGAUUUGAGAUUCAAGGCACCGCAACCAAAAGAACCAUGGAGUGGCGUGCGAGAAGCCAAAGAAUUUGGACCUGUCAGCUGUCAACCAGUUAGCAUCCGCGAUCCGAAUAAUCCUAUACUAUUCGAAGGGAGCGAAGACUGUCUUUAUCUCAACGUGUACAGUCCAGACAUCGACCCGUCAAGCCCAUUGCCCGUUAUGGUCUGGAUUCACGGAGGAGCUUUUGAGUCUGGAUCUGGCAAUGACUCAUUUUACGGACCGGAGUUGCUGAUCAGACACGGAGUCAUUAUAGUCACCAUAAAUUACAGAUUAGGAUUACUCGGAUUCCUUUCUUUGGACACAGAGGACAUACCUGGUAACGCUGCCUUGAAAGAUCAGGUACUUGCACUUAGGUGGGUCAAAAAGAAUAUCGCACGUUUUGGAGGAGACAUAGAAAAUAUAACUAUAUUUGGAGAAAGUGCCGGAGGUACUAGUGUGGGAUUCCACUUGGUCUCACCCAUGACUAAAGGUCUUUUCAAAAAAGCCAUAGUUCAGAGUUCAAGCACUGCUAACUAUUGGGCGGUCGCUUUUGAACCACGCGAGAGAGCUCUAAAGUUAGCGCGACAGCUGGGCUUACAUUCUGAAGAUGACAAAGAACUCUACGAAUUCUUUAAAACAUUACCAGUAGAGAAGAUGGUUCCUGUAAACAUGCCUGUACAUUUAGCAAAGAAACCAUACGAAUUAGACCUUGGUGUGGUAAUUGAAAAAGAUUUUGGUGAGGAGAGAUAUUUUUACGGUGAUAUAUACGAAGUUCUUCGAAAUGGAAUACACGAGGGUGUUGACGUAAUAAUUGGAUAUUGUGAAGACGAUGGCCUUUAUGCAUUCAACAGCAUAAAACUUGAUGAAAUGUGCAAACUUGCAAACGAUUAUAUUGAAUUUUUAACACCAAUCAAUGUGGAAUACUGUCUUUCUUUAAAAGAGCAGUUCGAAAUUGGGAGAGAAAUUAAAAAAUAUUAUUUCCCAAACUACGCAAUAACUGCAGAUAAUUGCGGAAGCCUUUUGAAAUUUUUAACCACGCAAAUGUUUACACACGGAAUAGUAACUUCAGCCAAAUUUUAUUCGAGCACAAACAAUAACAAAGUAUACUUCUAUAAAUUUACCUGUAAGACUGAAAGAAACCUAGCAUCUGCAAUGCUUGGUGUAUCAGAUGUGGUCCAAGAUAGAAUUCCUGUAUGUCAUGGUGAUGAUUUAUUGUAUCUAUUUCAAAUAAAACUCUUGUGCCCUGAUAAAAUUGAUGAGGAUUCAUCCACAUUUAAAUUAAUCGAUAACAUUACAAAGAUGUGGACUAAUUUCGCUAAAUACGGGAACCCAACUCCCGAUGAAGACUUGGGUGUGCAGUGGUUGCCAUUCAACGCUGAAGAUCAACAUUACUUGGAAAUUGGUAAUGUGCUUGUGCCUGGGUCCGGUCCGGAUAAAGAUCAGAUCGAUUUGUGGGACAGUAUUUUCAAGAAGUAUUUACCUGAUCAUAUCGUAUAAUAAAUAUAAUAUUUGAUCACUAGUUUUAAGCUUAGAGUGAUGUGGAGUAGAGUGUGCAUUAUGUUCCAAUAUCUGGAAAAAGAAGCAAC